CUCACAUGUCACUUUUGCCUUUUCUUAUGUACUUACACACUUCGUAAGAGGUGAGCUUGCUGAAAAGAAAGUAGGUCGCUACUUUCGUAAUCAUAGUGGGGUUACUUCCUAGGUACCCUGCAUUAAGUACAUCAGAUAAGCGUGCUACAUUAGCUGAUUAAGGACCCUGCUAGAAGUGGUGGGUUAAGCGAUUGACAGUAAAUACCUCUCUCAAACGGACUAGUAAUACACACGGUCGCCGUAGGUUGCCCCUCAUCAACUGGCCAAUUCUUCGCCUGAGCUGGACUUUCUUGAGCAAGUCUGCGAGAGAAGGUGGGGUUAAUCCGUAAACUCGUUUUAACUUUUCUGAAAUGUUUAUAUUUUAGAAAUACCUCACAUCACGUUGUUCCAUGAACUCUUCUUCGAUUCUCAUCUUCCCUCUCUGUUCCAGUUCCCAUCAUCUUUCCCUCUUUCUUGUUCAACACAUUACUGUCGUCUUCGGGACUUACCAAACGGUUGUCUAAGACUCUUUAUAUACCUCUUCGUCCCAGUUUUAGCCUUUUUCUGAGCAGCUUCCAAACAUGUCUCCCUCCUCUCUCGAUCAUCUUGCCUUGGGCGGCCGUGUCGAAUGGCUUGCGAGUCUCAAUACCUCUACUGCUCCCGUGCAGAACUCUCACCGGCGAACCUCUAUCAUCUGUACUAUCGGCCCCAAGACCAAUUCGGUCGAGAAGAUCAAUUCUCUUCGACAAGCAGGUCUUAAUAUCGUCCGCAUGAACUUCAGUCAUGGAAGCUACGAAUACCACCAGUCUGUCAUCGACAACACUCGCGCCGCGGAGAAACAGCAGCCCGGCCGACAAGUCGCUAUCGCUUUGGACACAAAAGGACCCGAGAUCCGCACUGGUGAUACUGAGCGUGGUGAAGAUAUCCCCCUCAAGGCAGGACAAGUCCUAAACAUUACCACGGACGAGAAGUACAAGACAGCAUGCACCGCAGAGAACAUGUAUGUUGAUUAUAAAAACAUCACCAAAGUGAUCCAACCGGGGAAGAUAAUAUACGUCGACGAUGGUGUGCUCGCUUUGGACGUACUCCAGAUCAAGGACGACAAGACUAUCGAAGUCCGCGCCCGCAAUAACGGGUUUAUCUCCUCCCGAAAGGGCGUUAACCUUCCUGACACUGACGUCGAUCUCCCUGCUUUAUCGGAGAAAGACAAGCAAGAUCUCCGAUUUGGGGUCCAGAACAACGUCGACAUGGUUUUUGCAAGCUUUAUUCGACGAGGUGAGGACAUCCGUGCGAUUCGUGAGGUCCUUGGAGAGGACGGUAAACACAUCCAGAUUAUUGCUAAGAUUGAGAACCGUCAAGGGCUUAACAACUUUGAUGAAAUUCUUGAGGAGACCGAUGGUGUUAUGGUAGCUCGAGGAGAUCUCGGCAUUGAGAUCCCGGCCUAUGAAGUCUUCGCCGCCCAGAAGAAAUUGAUUGCGAAGUGCAACAUUGCUGGCAAACCUGUGAUUUGCGCCACGCAAAUGUUGGAAAGCAUGAUUACCAACCCUCGUCCAACCAGGGCAGAAAUCAGUGAUGUUGGUAACGCUGUUACCGACGGAGCUGACUGUGUCAUGCUCAGCGGCGAGACGGCCAAAGGUGCGUAUCCGGAGCUGGCCGUCCGUGAGAUGAGCAACACCUGCCUUGCCGCCGAGAACUCAAUCCCCUACGUUAGCCAUUACGAGGAGAUGGUAACGCUGUCAAAACGUCCCACGAGCGUUGUCGAGGCCUGCGCUAUGGCUGCCGUACGAGCAUCUCUAGAUCUGAAUGCGGGAGCUAUUAUUGUUCUCUCAACAUCUGGUGACUCGGCCCGUCUACUAUCGAAGUACCGACCGGUGUGCCCAAUUUUCAUGGUCACGCGAAAUGCAUCCGCGUCGCGCUUUGCCCACCUGUACCGUGGUGUUUAUCCUUUCCUAUUUGACGAAGCAAAGCCAAACUAUGACAAUGUCAACUGGCAAGAGGACGUAGACCGUCGUAUCAAAUGGGCUGUUGAAAGGGCAUUGGGAUUGGAACUACUGAAGAAGAGUGAUACCAUUGUCGUUGUUCAAGGCUGGAGAGGCGGUAUGGGUAAUACAAACACAACACGGAUCGUCAAGGCCGAUCCGGCAUCCCUAGGGUUAGGAAUGAUGCAUUGAUUGGACGCAACCGACGCACUUUGUGCAAUGAUAUGAGCAAGGAACUUCCGGAAGGUAGGUAGUUUAUCUAGAGAGUCUCUACGGCGUCAUAAGUCAGAUGGCAACAGGAUGAUGGCAUGAUUGCUGGGAAGAGGCAUUAGAGAUGAAUAUAAAUAAAUAGGAUUGAUUGCAUUCUUUGUGCCU